UCUUCUUUCUUUCUGAUAGCCCUACUCCUGCAACCUCAAGUCUCGGUCGCAGCGCCCCCGGCAUCCCCAUGGCCAGCCUCAACAACGCUUCGUGGUCCAGCGGCCUCUGCGGCUGCUUCGACGACGUCGGCGGCUGCUGCCUGACGUUCUUCUGCCCGUGCGUCGUCUUCGGGAGGAUCGCCGAGAUCGUCGACAUGGGCGCCACAUCUUGCUGUGCGAGCGGGACGGUGUACGCCGCGCUGGCGUCGGUGACGGGGAUGGGCUGCCUCUACUCCUGCGGCUACCGCUCCAGGCUGCGUGAGCAGUACCGGCUCAAGGAGACGCCCUGCGGCGACUGCUGCGUCCACUGGUUCUGCGAGGCCUGCGCCCUCUGCCAGGAGUACCGCGAGCUCAAGACCCGCGGCUUCGACAUGGCCCUCGGAUGGCAGGCCAACAUGGAGAAGAUGGGGAAGACGACGGCGCCGCCGACGCACGCGGGGAUGACUCGCUAGAGCAUCCAUGCGGCCACCGACGAUGUAUCCAUGGUCGUCAAUGUCAGCUUCCAGUUCAAGAUGAAGAAUGCCACCAGUCUACGGCGUCUACUUAUGUCUUGUCGCGAGUCGGUUGUGUUUGUGAUCGAUGUGUAGUGUGCCUCUCUGUUGUAAAUCGUCGUUUCCCAUCCGUCCACCUCCACCUCCACCUCCACCGUGUGUGAUGUUUAUGUGGACAUUUGAAUAAGAUGUAUAUCGGGUCUCUCU